AUGACUACCAAGACUCCUGUUCUUACUGCAAACGCCCCUAAGCCCCUUCCUGGCAUUUACUCCCAAGCCAUCAUUGCUAAUGGCGUGGUGUAUUGCUCGGGUGCAGUCCCGAUGGAUGCUACAACGGGCAAGCUGAUCGACGGUGAUGUCAAAGCGCAUACUCAUCAAUGCAUUAAGAACCUGACUCACGUUCUUGAGGAGGCUGGCAGCGAUAUCACCAAGGUGGUGAAGGUGAAUGUCUUCCUUUCAAACAUGGAUGACUUUGCGGAAAUGAACUCGGUGUACACCCAAUACUGGGGUGAUGUGAAGCCGUGUCGCACAUGCGUUGCGGUCAAGACUCUACCGCUCAAUACCGACGUGGAAAUUGAAUGCAUUGCGGUGUUGUAA